CAGCUCAAAAAGUGGGCCCAGGCGGAAAAGGAGGCGCCGGGAGCGAGGGCGGGGGCCGAGAGGAAGAGGAGGAGGAGGAAGAGCGGCGGCCCCGGCAGGAGGGUGACGUUCCCGGCCAGCGUCCGCCUCCUGGAAGCGGCCGCCCGGCACGACGCCGACGAAGUGCGGCAGUUCCUGCAGAGCGGGAUCAGCCCCGACCUGUGCAACGAGGACGGACUGACGGCCCUGCACCAGUGCUGCAUCGACGACGCGGGCUCGGUGGUGUCGGUGCUCCUGGACGCCGGCGCCGACGUCAACUCCCGGGACACGGAGCUGUGGACGCCGCUCCACGCCGCGGCCACCUGCGGCCACCUGCGCCUGGUCCAGCUGCUCACCCAACGCGGCGCCGACCUGCUGGCGGUGAAUUCCGACGGGAACAUGCCCUACGACCUGUGCGAGGACGAGGCCACGCUGGAUUUCCUGGAGAGCGCCAUGGCCGAGCAAGCAGGGAUCACCCAGGAGCGGAUCGAGGAGGCUCGGGCGGCCACGGAGCGCUCCAUGAUCCGGGAGAUCCGGGAGCUGGCGCGGGCGGGCGCCGACCUGGACGCGCCGCGGGGACACGGAGCCACCUUGCUCCACGUGGCAGCAGCCAACGGGUACCUGGAAGCGGCCGAGCUGCUCCUGGAGCACCGCGCCGGCACCGACUGCCGGGACGAGGACGGGUGGCAGCCGCUGCACGCCGCGGCGUGCUGGGGACAGGUGCAGCUGGUGGAGCUGCUGGUGGCUCACGGCGCCGACCUGGGCGCCAAAUCCCUGCUGGACGAGACGCCCCUGGACGUGUGCGGUGACGAGGAGGUGCGGGCCAAGCUGCUGGAGCUGAAGCACAAGCACGCCGCCCUCAUGAAGUCUCAGGAGAAGCACAAGUCGCUGCUGCAGCGCCGCACGUCCAGCGCCGGCAGCCGCGGGAAGGUGGUGCGCAGGGUGAGCGUGUCCGAGCGCUCCAGCCUCUACCGCAGGGAGCACGAGCGGGAGGCCAUCGUGUGGCAGCGCGGCGGCCGCGCGUGACAGCGAGGACGAGGGGGG